AUGCGUGGAGAUUUAAAUGCAGCACUCAAUCCAAUUCCACUUUAUAAACAAGGUGUUGAAGAAGAAAAAUCUGAACUUGCUCGACUAGUAAGUAAAAAAAAAAAAAACAAAUAAAAUUUGUUAUAAUAAAUAAUUUUUAGUCUUCUUUUGC